UAUGACUCCACAUCAGGAACUGGACACAGAACUUUUGAACGAACAUUUGGCAAUAAAUGUAGUGUUUUCUGUUUGCAGUUUGUUUCCAGUUUGGACCAGAAAAGAUGAAUAAGGUGGUUUUGGUGACAGGAGCAAAUAGUGGCAUUGGCCUGGCGCUGUGUGAGCGUCUCCUCUCGCAGGACACCGAGGGUCUCCAGCUGUGUCUGGCCUGCAGGAACAUGCAGCGGGCUCAGGCUGCUCGCUGCGCCCUCCUCAGCUCUCACCCCACAGCCCAGGUGGCCCUGCUGCAGAUGGACACCAGCAGCAUCUCCUCUGUCCUCGCUGCUGCUCAGGAGGUCAAACUCAGGUAUAACCGGCUGGACUACCUCUACCUGAAUGCAGGCAUCAUGCCAAACCCACAGUUUGACGUGAAAGGCUUUUUCAAAGGCCUCUUCUCCAGUCAUAUCAUCACUAUGUUUGCCACUGGCGAGGGGAUUCUGACACAGAAGGACUGUGUCACCCCUGAUGGCCUGCAACAAGUUUUCGAGACCAACCUUGGUCACUUCCUACUAAUCAGGGAGCUGGAACCAUUACUGUGCCAUGCAGGCCGGACGUCCCAGCUGAUCUGGACCUCCUCCAGUAACGCUCACCGCUCAGCUUUUAAACUUGAAGACAUGCAGCACCAGAGAGGCACCCAACCCUACAGCUCCUCCAAAUAUGCCUCCGACCUGCUCAGCGUGGCGCUCAACACACACUACAACAAACAGGGUUUGUACUCAUCUGUCAUUUGUCCUGGUUUUGUGAUGACCAAUCUGACCUACAGUAUCCUGCCCUCCUUCCCAGCCUUCCUCUGGACCCUGCUUAUGCCUGUCUUUUGGCUCAUAAGAAUGUUCACCAAUACUUUCACCCUGACCCCUUAUAAUGGAGCUGAAGCCCUGUUCUGGCUAUUUAAGCAAAAGCCUGAAUCACUGGACCCUCAAGCCAAGUAUCACAGCUUAACAUCUGGGCUAGGCAACAACUACACCCAGCCACGUAAGAUGGAUAUUGAUUUGGAAACAUCCGAUGCUUUUUAUGAGAAAUUACGGCAACUAGAAAGUGAAGUAAGAAAGAAACUGAAGGAAAAACAAAAAGUUUGCAGUAGUCUUGCAGGACCUGGAUCAUCUUGAUGCAUAUCACACAAUUCUGGGAUGGAGAGUAUUUUAUUCCUGUCUGGCAGGUGACCUGGGAUGCAUGCUAGUAGUCAGACCUCACCAAAAUAACUGUGUCCUCUGCCUGACACAGUAACAUGCAAGCCUGAAUUCACAGCACAAUAAAGAAGUUACAGUGACUAUAAGCAUGACAUAAAACAUCAUAGGACAAAGUACCAGAAUGUAUGCUGUGAUGGUUUGGGAAAGAGUUUACAAUAAAACUGAUCAUUGCCUUUUCUCUUCCA